CUUUCAGUGACUUUAGAGUGUAAAAGGCUCGAAGUGUCUUCAAUAAAAGCUUAAGAAUACACAUUUGAAUUUAUUAGUGGGUUUAACAGAUCGCAUCCGUUUGUCACAAGUAUUUCGUUCUUAGUUCACAGUUACCAGACAGACGACGGUUACGUUUAUCCCUCUUUUUUAAAUAUAAAGCAAUUGAAAUUCGAAGUUUUUAUGGUCACCCUGCCGGUCGCUCGACAUACAUAUGAAGCCGCUUGAUUUAUGUUAUCUGGAAUCACGCUCUCUCUGUGGGAGACAGCGGCUUGGCUCACAACUCGAUUGUUCAGUCAUAACACCAACUUGAUUGGCGUCUGCCAUUCAGUGCGCUCAGCUUCAACUGUUCGACCUGCAUAUACACAAGUAUUCUAAGCAUUCCGAGCACUCGGACUGAUUUUGUGAAAGCGUCUAGCUACAUAGCCAUGGGAUUUUAUUUAGUGCGAGGCACGUUAUUAGCCGUUGUUGUUGUUUGUUCGGUGACAUUGAGCGUAGCAGCAGCCCAGCGGCAAGGAGACUGUUCGUCGCUCACCCGGAAUGGACGAGUCUUGGGACAAUGUAUUCCUGUACGAGAUUGCGAAUACUUUAUGGGGAUACUCACCGUUACACCUGUGUCACAGUCGGAUAGAAAUCUCCUGCGUGACAAUCAAUGCAAUCGACAGCAAAAUGGGAAUGUUAACGUGUGUUGUCCAAUACUUGAUAUGGAUGGCGUAGGGCAAGCGAAUAGAGAUAGCUUGGGCGCUUUGACACAUCCAUUACUGCCGCAUGAAUGUGGCGGGGUCAAAUGGCAGCGCUCCAAUGAUACGGAAGCAAAAAUUAAUGAGUAUCCGUGGCUGGCGCUGAUUGAAUACACGAAACCAAGUCAAGAGAAACUUCACGCUUGUGGCGGUGUUCUGAUCAGCGAACGCUAUGUGCUUACGGCGGCUCAUUGUGCGUCUGGUUCAGCGAUAAGCAGUGAAGGCUGGCGAGUGCGUGCAGUACGGUUGGGCGAAUGGGAUACGUUGACAAAUCCCGAUUGUCAGGUCAGUCAUGCGCCUGAGAAAACGGAAUGUGCUCCUCCCUAUCAGGAUGUGCUCGUCGAAGAGAUCAUUGUGCACCAAAAUUAUAGCAUGGACGCCGGAAGUCAAACGAAUGACAUUGCAAUGAUACGCUUGAAGGAUGUUGCGCAGAUCAACAACUACGUGCAGCCUAUAUGCUUGCCUAACAAGCAAUUGCGUGCCGAUGAGCUGGAGGAUUUAGUUACAGAAGUGGGCGGUUGGCAGGCCAAGUCCAGCUCGCGCUUAAAAAAGAGUGAAGUUAUCAUCGAAUCGAUCGAAAAUUGUCAGAGACAAUAUGCCGCCCAGAAUAUACAUAUUAUGGCUUCCCAAUUGUGUGGGUCGGCCAAAAGCAAUGAGUGCCACGGCAACUCCGGCGGCCCACUUAUGUUAUUAAAGAAUAACGUUUAUCUUCUCGGCGGCCUGUUGUCCUUCGGCCCUGUACCAUGUCCAAGUACUGGCUGGCCAGAUAUCUAUACGCGUGUGGCCUCAUACAUUGAUUGGAUACAUAGCAAUCUCAAGGCAUAACAAAUUGCGUUUUAUAGUUGACUUGUGUAAUGAUUUUGGCUAAUGAUAUAAACAUUUCUUUGGAACAUAACAAAAUUUCUUU